ACCGCGGCCCAAAUAUCAGUGGUUCGAAUAUUCCAUAUCAAAUUGCAGUGUUGAAUAUGUAAAAGUGAUGUAAAAUUCUUAAAUUAGUAUUAAUUUUUAGACCUACUAUUACAUAAUCGUAUUCAUACCUUUGUGUAAACUAUGUGGGACUGGUUCUUUGAACAUUUUAGUUCGGCUAACCGUCAAAUUUUAAACAUUUUCCUAUUCUGACAUGAUUGGAUCCAACAAUCAUUAGGAGUUUAAUAAGUUGGUUCGUUUCACCUUUUUCAAUGUGCUAAUGAAUUUGUAGGGAAAGACGUGUCUUUAUAUACACUCUACACAAUAUAUAAUACUAAAAUGAGAAAAUUGUUGUUUCAUUUCAAAUUUCCUACAACGAAAUGAAAGUAGGAAUUAUAUUUUUGCUUCAUAAUUAUUUUAUAGAAACUACAAACUUCCAAAAUCCAGAAAUUGUUGCUCAAACUAAAAAUCAGAGCAUCGAAAAUCAAUGUUCGCAAAUUUUAUUUCGUAUAUCACUUAUUUGAGAGAUUUUUCUCUCUAUAAACAAAGUAAAACGAAACAAGUUAUAGCCAAAAUCAAUAGCUUUGGCUCGAAGACGAUGACAUGCUUCUUCGUGGGAGAAAGAAAUACAUGCGGUAGCGUCAGAGAUCUGGAGAGCAAAGACGAAAAGGAUACACUAAGAGUUCGUGAAUGCGUACUAUGAAAUAGAUCAUCAAAUCACGGGCUUGGGGCUGAAUAAAAUGAUAGAAUGUUAGUUAGAUAGUCGAUGUCGAUGAUAUAGAAUUCGCCAAUUUGGUACAUCUACAGGAGAUCUCCAGAGUCAGCUUAGGAAACAAAGAAUCAAAGGGGAAGAAAAAGAUAUAGACUCUUUUAUUAACAACUAAUUGAGUGCAUGGGGGCGGAUAAACGAUGCGUUCAUUUCUCUUUUCCUUUUUAAAAAAAUAAAACAAAAUAGCAUCGUAAACUUUUUUGGGUUUCUAUUCACCUUUUGAAGUUUGUUCUUUUUCGGGUCUAAUAAGAUUAUUUAAAGCUAUUAUUCUACUAAAAUGAUUUUAUUUUUUUCCACUGCAUUGAUGUAAUAUUUUGACCAAAACAUGUUAGUAAGUUAAAUGAUAUAUUAAUUAAAAUAAUAUAAUAUUCACACUCUUUCGGGCACUCAAAUUAUAAUUCUUGAAGAGUAUACACUCUUACGCUCCCAUUCUAGCUCCUGCUCUAGCUCCCGCUCCGCGAAUUGGUAAGAUAAAUCUGUCAAGUCAAUUAUGUUAACAAAGAGAUGACUGGAAGAACUCGCCUUCCAUCACAUAUUGUCUUCCCUCGCAAACACCCCCAUGCUCAAUUUCCACUUGGUCGUUACUCAUUAAUUCCACUUCUGACACACAUUGGCACCAUAGGAGUGCGACCUUUAUCGCGUGACGAAUACAUAUUGUUGGCGUGCAUUUUAGGAGCUCGAAGGAGGAUAGCAGAAAAUAGUAGAUAGAGAAACAAAUGUAGAUAGUCCGGUCGAGGAAUAAUAUUAUUCAUAUGUAGAUGGGAUUUUAUAUAAUUUGUAAAUAUAUAUAAUAAUUUUUUCAUAUAUCUGGGCAAAAAUGGACUAAAACAAUUAGAUCAUUAACCCUCAACCCACUUAAUCAACUGGGCCAACGGGACCAGGUUGACAACCUUUGAUACUUGAAAUCCAUAUAUUCUAAAAAAUUUGGGUUCCAAUUUUUAUGAUUGAGUCAAAUCGAUCAAUAAUUGUGGACUUUUCAGAGAGUCGUUGAAAUUCAAAAGUCGGUCUUCAAAGUUCUUUCGUGACGGACAAGUUUUUGCGUUUAAUUAUUGUUAGGUCGAAGGAAAAGAAAGCGUGACAGAUGGAGGAUGAGAUUGUGGCUAUUAAUUAUUGGGAGUUGCAUAUGGAGAAGAUAAGCCAUAAAAGGGAUUAAAUUUAAUUUAAUAAUACGUAUGUACUAUAUAUUACAAUGACAUGUUUGAUGUGAAAAAUAAAAGGGACAGAUUUAAGAAAAAUAGAUAAUGGAGUCACAAUUUAUGCUAUUAACUCCACAUAAAAAGUCAAAGAUUAUAUUGAUAUAGUAGAAUUUAAGGUUUUAUAAUGUUGAAUUUUCGUAACUUUUGUACGUGCAUUAGUAUCUUAAACUUAACAACAUCGACUUAUUAUUUAAUCAACCCCAUACACUAAAUUCUAAUAAUUUAUACAAUAAGCAUUAUGUUUUCGUAUUCUUCCAUAUUUGAGAUUUCUAAGCAUAAUCUUUUCGUUAUUCUCUUGGUUUUUUUAUAUACCUUCAAUUCCUACCAUUCUAAAUGGCAUAUAUUUGUUUCAACUCCAACUUCAUAUCCGAUAAUAAAAAGUUCACAAAUUUCUUCUAAGAUAUGAAAAAAAUAUACAACAGUAAAUGAGGAGGACUUGAUAAAAAAAAGUACAUAUUACCUCAUUAUCGGUAAUGUCAUAAUCAGCAAAUACCAUAAAGAUUACUAUGAAAUAAUGAAUUAACUAUUUUAGAAACCUCAACUUAUUUAAAAACAUGAAGAUAUUUAUCAAAAUAAAAUAAAAUUCAUCCGACCAACGAAUCGGGCUAAUAUUUUAAAUAUAAUUAUAAAUUAACCAAUAUUAAUGAUAAAGCGAAACUCAUUCGGCCAAGGGCCGAGUAAAAGCUGGUUAGUUAGAGAUAGAUACUAGAUUCUGAUGACUGGUUAGUGACUAGUGAGUGGCUUUCUGUUCUUGGACAAUGGACAUUAUUCGGAGUUUGGUGGGCUUUUUCCUGGUGUUCGACCCUUUGGAAUGGAGCAAACAUUUGUCAAAUUAAAACUCUCCAUGGUUCCAUACUUCCAUAGAUUAGACAAAAUAAAGUUUUGGAUAAAAUUAGGGUUUAAUAAAACCAUGAUUUUACCAUGGAAUUGAUUUGGUAAAGGUUACAUAGCCUGGCGAUGAAAUUCUUAGUAGGAGCUCGUUCCGGGAAGUGGCAGAUCUCGUGUUCGAUCCCAUCGAUACCCGCUAUGAUGUUUCCGGAGCCAUUUAAUGUAGAUACUCAUGGAGGGCCUGAAGGGCUCAAACAGGUGAACCCCCAGGUUUGGUCUCGCUCCGCCAUCGCUCAAACGAUGUGUGCGUGGGGAUGUUUCUAGGUAAUAAAAAAAAAUUCAUGGAAUUGAUUCAUAUUGAAGUUUGAGUACCCUCGUUACACUCCUGAGGUUGUCCUACAUAAAGAUUAUGAAAUAUGUCUCAUUUUAUCUGUUCUACAUCCGAAGAUCAAGUUAGAAUAAGAAAGUGUGAGAUUAAAUUUAGGGAUAUUUAAAUAAUCGGUCGAAUCAUGAUUAAUGAGAUAAUAAUUUGAGUCAGGUUUA